GUGCGGCAUGAGACGAGAUUUCAUAUCCUUUAAAAAAGGAACCCUUUCCAGGUUGCUCUUUGACUACUUUUUUAUUUUAUGUCUCUGCGGUCAGCAAGAUGCCCCGGCAGGUAAACAGUGAAAUGUUUGCUGAGGAAAAGUAACUUUAAGUGACCACUUUUCACAGGGGGAAGUCGUUUUGUGUGCCGCUGUCAGCUCUGAUUGAACUAUACUUGACGUUUUUACGUAUAUUUCUAGGUUCUUUUUGAGGAAAAAUCUGCUCUAAGUGCAUGCCUAUCUGUUUUAUACCCACGGGGAAUUAUUAUGGACAGCAGACACAGACCGGAUGGUACGAUCCCUUUCGGACGGUGUUAGCGACUUUGCGGUGUGCGCCACCUCCUGACUCACUGCACGCGCACUGGGAGUAACAGUGGAUGCUCGCGUUCUCCGAAGGCUUCCCAGGUUAUCCCUACUUGAAUGCCUUUCCCAGGAUUUUGUUGGCUUCUGUGCUGCAGGCAAGGGUUCAGUUUACUUGGGAGAGACUAUGGGGAAAAAGAAGAGGAAGAAUCCUUUGAGUUGCGCAGCAAGGACGAGCUAGCGUGCAGCGUACGGGGCCCUCUGGAGGUGACAUUUACUCAGCCUGUGCGCGCAGCCAAUGGGACGAAUGGCCGGUCAGAUGUUCAAGAGGAGAUGUUAAGUCUGAUCAUCGAGAAGUGCAAGAUGGGCCUGGAGAAUGAUCCGGAGCAGGUUGUCAAAGGCUGGCUGUACCGGGAGGCACCGGGGAGCUGGAUCAGGCAGCGCCGGCACUGGUUCGUCCUGACCCACGACUCGCUGGACUGCUACAGCAGCUCGGAGAAGGGUGCCCGCCGGCUCGGCACCCUGGUCCUCACCAGCCUCUGCUCCGUCGCCUGGCCCGACAAGCAGACGUACAAGGAAACGGGUGAGGGCCGCCAAUGCACGUGGCUGGAAUGUUCUCCGGCGCCGUUUCUUUGGGCCGGGAUUGUGGAGGGCACGUGGGCCGGUCUCCGGAGGGGCAUGGGGGAAGCCCAAUUCCUUUGGACUUCUGAAACAGUGACCUCAACCCUAUUUGUGUCACAGAAAGCCAGUUUGGCUCCUGCCGUGUGUGCAUCAUGGCAGUAUGUUCGUAAGUACGACUUGUCCGAAGGUUGGACGCUCUGCCCCUCUUCUUUUGACUUCUCGUCGAACCCUCUGCCCACACAGGAGAACAGGUUCAACCUGGAGGUGGUGGAGCACAUUUACAAGCACAAUCCCAUCCUGAGUUACACCCAGAGCCCCCUCUACGCCCCGCUGCUCCCCUUCCCCUACGGCAGCUCGGACCACGUCCAACACGCCGGCAAGGGCUACGGCACAGUGCGCGAAGAGGCCGUGCGCCUCUUCAACUGCCUUCAGCAGCUGGAGACGGCGGCCGAGGCCGUGCCUCUUAUCCAGGGCGUGCUGCAGACGUGCCUGGACCUGCGGCCGCUGCGGGACGAGGUCUACUGCCAGCUGGUGAAGCAGACCAGUGGGGCGGCCUGCGCCUGCGUGCCCCGCCAGCUGCGCUACUGGCAGCUGCUGACCUGCAUGAGCUGCACCUUCCUGCCGGGACCAGCCGUGCUGAAGUACCUGCGAUUCCACCUUAAAAGGGUUCGGAACCAGAAUCCGAACACAGAGAUGGACAAUUACGCGUCCUUCAUCUGGGAGGCAUUGCAGAAGACGCGCUGCCGGGAGUGCGUGCCGUCCUGGGAGGAGAUCCAGGUGCUGAUGGCUCGCCGGGAGAUUCUGUGUCUGGUUCACUAUCCCGGUCCCGGGUCCUGCAGGGUGCCCAUCACCUCCCACACCACAGCGGACGAGCUGGUGAAGAUGGUCUCGGAGAAGUUGGGCAUGCAGGACAGCCGAAACACCUUCGCCCUGUUCGAGCAGAACGCCCACCAGGAGCGAGCCGUCAGCGGCAGCACCAUCAUCGCCGAUAUCCUGACCAGGUUUGAAAACCUCGCCGCUAAAGAUCCAGACCCGGAAAGCCAGUGGAGACUCUCUUUCAAGCUCUACUGUCUCCUGGAUGCUGACAGCAUUUCCGUCGACAGCAUCGAGUACAUAUUCCUAUUCGAGCAGUGCCAUGAGAUGAUGGUGCGAGGUCAGCUCCCUGCCUCCGAGGAGGAUCUGCAGGACCUGGCAGCCCUACGCUUACAGUGCCUCAUGGGGGACUUCAGCACCCACUCGCCCUGCCCGCCACUGGACGAAGUCUUCCCCGGCAACGUGGUGGAGGCCCGGGUCCUGCUGGCCCUCAAGCCCCCCCCAGGCACCCCGUCUACAGGCCCCAACCUGCCUAUGGGCUGUCCGCAGAGGUUUGCUGGCGGCUUCCUGGCGGGGGCGCUGUGGAGCCACACGGCGGCCCACAAGCAGAGGGUGGAGCAGGACCUGCGGCUGCACGGUCGGCUGAAAGAGGAAGGGGCGGCCGUGAUGGGCGCCAUCGUGGAGCGCUGGAAGGGAUUGGCGGGCUACAGCAGGCGGGAGAGCAUAGCGGCCUACCUUACCAUCGCAAGGCAGUGGUCGGGCUUUGGUUGUACCCUCUAUGAGGUGGACUUCUACAUCAGCUCCACUGGCAGCUUCUCACAGAAACUAUGGCUGGGGGUGGCGGCCAAGUGCAUCUCGCUGUACAGGCAGGGGGAGGCCGAAGCCUUGGAGUCCUUCCCCUACGGUCAGAUCUGCUCCUAUGGAGUGUUCGACAGCAAUACCUUCAAGAUCACCGCUGGUGACCGGGAUCUGCUCUUCGAAACCAGCAAGCUGACGGAGAUCAUGCAGCUCAUGAACGCCUACCUCAGCGCUGCGCAGCGAUACCAGGCACCCACCAGCAACGCGGACACCGAUAGGGGCUUCUGUAUCUCUCCGGCCAGCAGAGAGGAGUCCUUGACCUUUUAACUUUCACGCCUCCUGGACCUUUGGCCACGUGCGCCGAGAUGAGCAGACCGAGAAGGUGAAGUGCAGGGGCCGUCUGCAGGGCAGAACUUCAGCAUCGGUCCUGCUUCGUUGUGGAGGGCGGGGGAUGGUGCCGGUGCUCUGCUCCACUUGGCACUUGGCCCCCGGCUUUGUAAGUCGUAAAGGGAUGGGGAAGAAAAACUUGACUUUUUAGCUCCAGGCUCCAAUUUCCUCUAGCUGUGGAUGCGUCAACCCGCCAGAAUUUACACAUACACAUGCCGGAUUUAAUAAGUCAUCCUGCUUUCUUCGACGGGACUAAAGAGACUUUUCCAGUAGUCUAGUCUACUGGCGUGGGUUGAAAGGAAGAAAUUAUUCCUUUGGAACCAGAAUAUAUGGCUAAUAUUGCUUCAGGAAAGGGUGUGAAUACCAAAGGAUAUAUUCUUUAUUUUCCCAAAGCUUAACGUCCCCUCACCUACGCUGCUCAUCAGAAGCUCUGUGAAGAUCUACAUCUUGACCGCAGACCGUGGUCAGGAGUAAACGCUGUGUCCAUUUCCGGUCUGCUGUCAAACUUGGUGUCAUUGUUUAGGACUUCUUCAAAUCUGCACUGCCCCUGAACAUACAUCCCAGGCUUGAAUAGCACUGGUUCAGAAUCGACCUAUCAGAGGAAUGUUGUACCACCUACAUGUAAAGAUCCCUAUAACUGUACCUAUGCCCUUCAACACAAAAAACCUUAAUCUUCUGAAUAGCUUCCCUUUUAAAAAAUACUUUAUUUAAGGAAAACGGUGCCAUUCUGUGACGUUAAUUUUAUUUUUACCUUUUAAUAAAAAGUUUUGAUAAUAAUUGAUUUUGUACUUCUUACUUAAGAACCUCUCAUGCAAACCUCGAUUAGUUUCAGUUUAUCCACAGCUUUCCGGGAUUCAAGCAUGGUGCAGUUUUGGGUGCUGUUUUCCUUGGGAUGGUUCAGGAACAGUCACUCCUGCCAUUUUCCAGUCUCCGGGUGACAAACUGAAAAUGCACCCUUUGCCUUCACAUACAUCAGGUUAAUACCGGGGACCAAGGAGAGACAAGAUUUGUAGCUUCAGUGACAUCACUGGACAUUUGGUGCCUUGCUUAGUUAAACCCCUCCCCUUACCUAAAGUAUCCAUCUCACACAGAAAUGAUUCAGGUUUCCUUCAACCUUUGUUUUGGCUCAUGGGAGUUUUACUUACACAAAAAAUGUUCUGAGGGCAGACAGAAAAAUGAUUGGUUGAGAGACAUUGGUUGUACAAUAAGAUUGUAGAGGUGUGACUAAGCAACUAUAGGAGGCAGGACCAAGAUAUCUGAUUGGUUGUUUGCACUUCCUCUAGUUGCUUGGACCCCUCCUCCUCAACUAUCUGAUUGGUUCAGAGAGAUAACUAAUCAGUUUUCCCUCUGCCCUUAGAACAUUUUUGUGUCAGUAAAACUCUCAUGGGCUUUAUUUUGUCCUCGCUUUCAUUUGAGAAAUAGCGAAUGACACUCCAGUUUAUGGCAGAGCACAGCACUGGCCAGAUAUAGCCCCAUCUCACCCACCCUCUCAAUUCAGCCGUUAAAAGCCCGCAUACCCUUCGGCCGAAACCCGGCCUCCGUACCAAAUCCUUCCCUGGCAGGAAGUCAGAAAGCAAACACGUUCCUCAGUCAUGCUCCAAGUUUAUGCCUCCUACUGCACUGUUUCCCAGCCUAAUCUUCAAGGACCCUCAGACAGUCCAUGUUUUUGCUCCCUCCCAGCUCCUAGCAAAAUAUGGACUGCUUGGCAGGGAGCAAAAACGUGCACUGUCUGGGGGUCCCCGAUGAUCAGGUUGGGAAACACUGUGCUACAGCUGCAGGCAGCUCCUCUUAUGAAAGCCAUAUUUUUUUAAACUGUAUGACAGGAGGACAGCUAGCUUUGUCUGUAACUUUGUAUGCUGUUUGUAUGCCGCACGGUACUUCUGUAGAUGUAUGCUGUUUAUACAUGUGACUUGGAUGUGCAAUAAUGCGAGAUUAGUAUGUAUUUAAUAAAGCAACACUAUUCAUA